ACCGUUUGUGGAAUCUGAGUUUUGUUUGGGGGAAAAAGCUUGUUUUCCGCUGAGCUGUGCUUUAGGAUGAAGGGAAUAAAAGUGGAGCUGAAAAUGGACUUAAACAGUAAUUUGCUUGCUUCUGCUACAAUACACAGCUGCCCAGUGUAAAACCCCUAUUCCAGUUAGACAUGGAGUCUGCCAUUAAUAUCCUCGUGGCCCAGUUCAAGACGUUUGCUGCUAAAGAUGGCAGCUCACACACCCUGAGCAAAGAGGAAUUCCAGACCCUUGUGGCAUCUCAACUACCGAACCUUGUCAAGAAUGCCGGUGAUCCUGCAGUUAUCGACCGUCUCAUGAGCUCACUGGACGAGAACAAUGACGGGGAACUGACAUUUCAGGAAUUCUGGCAGCUGAUUGGCAAACUGGCAAGCACACACGGUGGCUUCAGCCAAUAACUUUACGGGAAAACAAUUUGAAAUAUCUCAUUGACGCACGCAAGCAAUUCAGGACAAGUGGAACCAUGAGAGCUUCCCAUCUAGCUCAAAAGAGUGUAAGUUAACCAUUGACACCAACAAGAGAUGUGAAAUAUUACGCUUUUGUUGUCUGAAGAUUAUCUUGGUUUUAUUGACCUUAUGGAGCUUGUAAUAAAAGAUUACAUACUUAUGGUA